GCGCCGUUGCCACUGCUGCUAGCCGUUAGCGGACAGGCUAGCUUGGUGUCGGUUGUGAUUUUCGAGCUUCGCAGUAACGUAGCAUCCGCGAUGGGUCAGACAAAACACCCCUCCGAGUUGCUUUAAUAUGCGCCCUGUUGAGGGGUUAAAGGUGCCACGGGACCAGUCUCAGAAUGACCACCGGCUUCAGCUCCGGUUCCUGCCGCUUCGCAGAUUAUUUCGUGAUCUGCGGACUCAACACCGAAAGCGGGCUGGAACCCGACGAACUGUCCGCAUUAUGCCAGUAUAUAGAGGCUACUAAAUUCAGAGAUGGGGCCAGAGGAAAAUUGGCGGGGGCAAACGAAGGUGAGAAUUUUGAGCAGAGUCCAUUGAGGAGAACCUUUAAGUCCAAAGUUCUAGCACAUUAUCCAGACAAUGUGGAGUGGAACCCGUUUGACCAGGAUGCAGUUGGCAUGCUUUGUAUGCCAAAGGGCCUGUCGUUUAGGACGCAGGUGGAUUCUCGGGAGCCUCAGUUCCACUCCUUUAUCAUCACCAGAGAGGAUGGCUCUCGGACCUAUGGCUUUGCUCUCACCUUCUUUGAGGAGGUGACCAGUAAACAGAUCUGCAGUGCCAUGCAGACACUUUACCACAUGCACAAUGCAGAGCAGUACGACAUCUUGCACACCCCCACCUCCCCGCAAGGGACAGAGGACCAGCGUGAGCCCCACUCCCAGACUCGUCCUGUGCUCCACGCUGCGCCGGCGAUCUCCCGCCUGCAGCGCUUCAACUCCUAUGACAUCAGUCGAGACACGCUGUACGUCUCAAAGUGCAUCUGCCUGAUCACACCCAUGGCCUUUCCUCAGGCGUGCAGGAAGGUGCUUCAGCAGCUACACCAGGCCGUAACUUCCCCCCAGCCUCCGCCCCUACCACUGGAGAGCUUCAUCUACAACAUCCUCUAUGAGGUCCCGCUGCCACCCUCGGGACGUUCCCUCAAGUUCUCAGGCGUCUACGGGCCCGUGGUGUGCCAGAGGCCAAGCACAUCUGAGCUGCCACUUUUUGACUUUCCCAUCAGUGAAAUGUUCAGUCUGCUUGGGGUGGAGAACGUCCUCCAGCUCUUCACUUGUGCCCUGCUCGAGAUGCAGAUCCUUCUCUACUCACAGCAUUACCAGAGGCUGAUGACAGUGGCAGAGAGCAUCACAGCCUUAAUGUUCCCCUUCCAGUGGCAGCACGUGUAUGUUCCCAUUCUGCCUGCCUCCCUCCUCCAUUUCCUGGAUGCUCCCGUUCCAUAUCUGAUGGGCCUCCACUCUAAUGGACAGGAUGACCGCACCAAACUAGAGCUGCCACAGGAGGCUAACUUGUGUUUUGUAGACAUUGAUAACCAUUUCAUCGAACUGCCAGAGGAGUUGCCCCAGUUUCCUAACAAGCUCGAAUUAAUCCAGGAGGUUUCAGAGGUCCUUAUGUCCUUCGGCGUGUCCCCAGAGGGAAAUAUUCCCUCCAGCGACAGCCAGGCCAAGUACCGGCCGUUCCGAUCCGUUGAUAUGGUGUCCGACAAGCGUAAUGGUAACUUGGCGUCACCCCUCAACUCCUUCCUACUGAGAGAGAACCAGACUAUUGCCAGAUUGCAGGCUCUGGUCAAAAGGACAGGUGUCAGCCUGGAGAAGCUGGAGGUGAGAGAGGAUGCCAGCAGUAAUAAUGGGCGCAUUCAGUGUGAUGAGGAGGAGCUAAAGAUGCACCAGCUCAACAUUCAGGUGCGCGAGGUCUUCGCCAAUCGAUUCACCCAAAUGUUUGCGGAUUAUGAGGUGUUUGUCAUCCAGCCGAGCCAGGACAAAGAGUCGUGGUUUACAAAUCGAGACCAAAUGCAGAACUUUGAUAAGGCUUCCUUCCUGUCUGACCAGCCAGAGCCCUACCUGCCCUUCCUGUCACGCUUCCUAGAGACUCAGAUGUUUGCCUCCUUCAUCGAUAGCAAAAUCCUGUGCCAUGACGAUGAGGAGAAGGAGCACACGCUGAGGGUGUUUGACUCGCGUGUAGACAAGAUCCGCAUGUUGAACGUCCGCACACCCACGCUCCGCACCUCAAUGUACCAGAAAUGCACCAACAUUGAAGAAGCAGAUAUUCUGCUUUUAAAGCGAUAUGAAAAAGCUGAUUAUGUUGCACCUGCAGCUCAUGCCAUUGAACUGAAGAACGACGGGGCUCUCCUUCAUAAAAAAGCCAUUGAGAUGAGGGUGUCUAAGAUCGACCACACUGCCCUGCACCCACACCUGCUGGACAUGAAGAUUGGUCAGGGACGCUAUGAGCAAGGCUUCUUCCCUCGACUGCAAUCUGACGUCCUUUCAACUGGGCCCACCAGCAACAAAUGGACUAAGAGGAGUGCGCCUGCACAGUGGAGACGAAGGGAUCGACAGAAGCAGCACGCUGAGCAUCUUUAUUUAGACAAUGACCAGAGAGAGCAUGUAGAGUGUUUGUUUCCGGAGCUGCAGCUCCUGCUGUUUCUUGACUACUACUGGCUCUCGCAGUCCUUCAAACCGUGUCUUAAGUCGGUGACAGUGGAUGUGAAAUACAUCCAGGAAGCCAGAAACCUGGGCACGACCAUCAGACAGCCCAAACUGUCCAACCUGUCUCCUUCUGUCAUCGCUCAGACUAACUGGAAAUUUGUUGAAGGAUUGUUAAAGGAGUGCAGGAACAAGACCAAGCGUAUGCUGGUGGAGAAGAUGGGUCGGGAGGCCGUGGAGUUGGGGCACGGAGAGGUUAGCAUCACUGGCGUUGAGGAGAACACUCUGAUUGCUAGUCUGUGUGACCUGCUGGAAAGAAUCUGGAGCCACGGGCUACAGGUCAAACAGGGCAAAUCGGCCUUGUGGUCUCACCUGCUGCACUAUCAAGAAAGCAAAGAGAAAAAUGCAACUCCAGGUAGUUUGGGACCCCCAGGUUUUAUUCAUGACACUGAGAGACGCAAAUCUGAUGGCGGUGGAACAGCCAUGCCACCUCUUAAGGUUUCUCUGAUUCAGGACAUGAGACACAUUCAGAACAUCAGUGAAAUUAAAACCGAUGUUGGCAAGGCCCGGGCCUGGGUUCGCCUCUCGAUGGAGAAGAAGCUGCUUUCCAGACACCUGAAACUUCUGCUGUCAGAUCAGGAACUUACAAAAAAACUCUACAAGCGCUACGCCUUCCUUCGCUGUGACGAUGAGAAGGAGCAGUUUCUUUAUCACCUGUUAUCCUUUAAUGCCGUGGACUAUUUCUGUUUCACCAAUGUCUUUACAACCAUCAUGAUCCCCUACCAUGUGGUGGUUAUCUCCAGUAAGAAGCUAGGAGGCUCCAUGUUCACAGCCAACCCCUGGGUGUGUGUUUCUGGUGAACUGGCAGAGACUGGAGUUCUGCAGGUCCCCAGAAAUACUCUUGAGAUUACAUUUGAGUGUCAGAACCUGGGGAAACUCACCACAGUACAGAUGGGCCACGAUAACACAGGGAUCUACGCUAAGUGGCUUGUAGAGUGUGUUAUGGUCCGCAACGAGAUUACUGGGCACACAUACAAGUUUCCGUGUGGACGGUGGUUGGGGAAGGGUGUGGAUGACGGCAGCCUGGAGAGGAUCCUGGUGGGAGAGCUGAUGACCCCCAGCACAGACAAUGAGGAGCGGAUGUGUCGCACGCCCCCAAUGCAGCAGUCCCCUGGGAUGAUUAGGAGGUUUGUUACCAUCUCGCCAAACAGCAAACCAAAGUUAAACACAGGUCAAAUCCAGGAGGGAGUGGGGGAGGCCAUCAAUGGGAUAGUGAAGCAUUUCCACAAGCCAGAGAAGGAGAGAGGAAGUCUGACACUUCUCCUCUGUGGCGAGUACGGCCUUGUCUGGGCUCUGGAACAAGUGUUCCAGCACGGUUUCAAAUCACCUCGGCUCUUUAAGAACGUUUUCAUCUGGGACUUCCUCGAGAAGGCACAAGUGUACUUCGAAAGUGCAGAACAGAGGGAGAUGACACCAGACGAAAACUGGCAAACGAGAGUGCGCCACUUCUGUCGCUUCAUGCGAGCCAUCAACAGCACGUCCAGGAACAUCGGCAAGGACGGGAAGUUCCAGAUGCUCGUGUGUUUAGGUGCAAGGGAUCAUUUGUUGCAUCACUGGAUCGCUCUGCUCGCUGACUGUCCAAUCACUGCUCAGAUGUAUGAGGACACUGCACUGUUCAAGGACCGCUCUUUGGUAAACUCUCUGAUCAGAGUACUACAGACUCUGCAGGAGUUUAACAUCACCCUGGAGGCUUCGCUCAUCAAAGGUGUUGGUAUCUGAACCAACCAGCUUCCCAUCAGUCGUAUCUGACCCAGAUGUUCACUGGAGACCAUUUAAAAGAAUAACUGAACAUUUUAUAUGCAGCAACAGACUUGAACAAUGGACAUUUUUUGGCUUAUAUUAAAGCUACUGUUACAUUUGCCAUAUAUUAAGUGCAAUGAGCCUUUCAAGACAUGUUGUUAUUUUUAUCCUCAAUGAUGUUGCCAUUAGAUGUUAAAAUAGGUUUUCUAUUAUGAACCAUUAUUGACAAUGACCUAAUUGUGCUAUAAUGUUUUAUUGAAAGUUAAAUAUUUUCAUUGUUAUCUUGAACUGCUGACAAUGGUUAUAUUUAAGGGAAAGUGAGGAUUAAAGCUGUUAAUAUAUUUUCAGAGAAAAACAGUAUUAUUUUGUUAACCAGUCAGAUUGCUUGCUCUGUUAUCAACUCAGAUUCCAAUGUCAUAUUGCAGAGUCUAAAGCAAAUGAUGUAGAUGCUUUUUAUGCUUUAUAAGUAUGUGUAUGACAGGGAGGUUUGUAGAGCGGGAACAGGAUUCACCUACAUAGGAAAAGGCUGAAAGGUAACUGCCUUUAUAUUCCUAAGAAAUGUACGAGUAUGCAUAUCUUUUACAUGGAAUACCUUCAGCAGAGAGAAUUAUCCUUUUUGCAUGAUCGUAAAUGGUAGUGGCUUAAGCCAACAUCCAGUGAUGGACAGCAUAUUCAGUUUAAUUAAAGGGAAAAUAUCCUUAGUUUGUGUUCCAGACUCAAGUUCUUCUAAGAUUUGCUUGAUUCAGCUUUCUGUGCAAAGUGAAUCACUAUGACCGCCUUUGUAUAAACACCUCCAACCAUCAUCCCAGCCCUUACACUACAUCCAUCCUUCUGUCUGAGAAAUGACUCCUUGUCUUGCUUCUCAUGUGUGGAGCAAACUGCUUUCCCACUUCUGAUUUUGUUAUCAUGGUUUCCUGCUAUGCAAUAUCCACCAGAGAAAACAAAAUCCCAUAGAAGUUUUCAUAUCGAGGCGUCUUAAGACUCAGUUACAUACAGUGAAUUUAACUGUGCAAGAGAUUUCAUAUGUGAAGGACUUAUUUUCUGUGCCAACAAUGUCUGGAAUGGUGUGUUGUACUCAUCUUUGUACAAACCACACAUCUUGGGAGAUAUAUAUUUUUGUUUUCCGAUACUGUUGUAAAUUUGUUGACAUAGCUGUGUAAUGUAGUGUUUACUAAGUGAGCAACGGUGUACAGUGUAAAAAUAUAUUAAGAAUAAACCAUCAUGCAUCAAA